CUAGCAACCGCCUCAAUUCGACGAAGAAGAAGAGCAUUUAUUUAUUUUUUUUUUCUGCUAGCAUGUAGCUAGCUACUUACGGAAAACUGUUUGUCUAACACCUUUAAUGUUUAGUUUGAUUUAAAUAAAUGGCUGCCCAGUGUCCAGCUGAGUCCUUUAUCACAGGAGAGACAAGUUCUGCGGUUAAUAAUAACGUUAAACAUUUAUCAGUCGUACCGAGUGCUCAAGCUAAAGGGAAGAAACGAGCCGUUAGCCCGGCGGCUCAGGCGCUAACACAGCCGAACAGCAGCAACAGCAAGCGGAGGAAAGUGCACACAGUAGCAGGAGUCAGUCACACUCAGAUUCUCCCAGUGGAAUUGGCAGAUGGAAAAUUGGUUACUACGGCGGAUGUAGGUCCAGAACCAGUUACAAAGCCUCUGUCUUUUAAAGACCCCAACUUUGUGCACUCUGGUAUAGGAGGGGCGGCUGCAGGGAAAAAGAAUCGGACGUGGAAGAACCUGAAGCAGAUUCUGGCAGCAGAGAGAGCACUGCCCUGGAAAAUCAGUGAUCCUAACUAUUAUAACAUAGAUGCUCCUCCUUCCCUGAAGCCUCCUAAAAAGUAUUCUGAUAUUUCAGGCUUACCGGCGAACUACACAGACCCUCAGACUAAGCUGCGAUUUACCUCAUCUGAAGAGUUUUCAUACAUCCGUCUACUACCUACAGAUGUAGUGACAGGAUACCUGGCAUUACGAAAGGCCACAUGCAUCGUGCCCUGAUCAUCACACAUGCAAAAAAAACGUCCAUGUCCAAUUUUCUGAGUAUACGAAGACAACACUGGACUUGCUUCAAAAGCUAUCUUUUAAAAAAAAUUACACCAGAGCACUAGUGACUUCCUGAGUAUGACACAAGAUCACAGAGACUGAUUUGUUUUGAUCCUUGUUUAUGGUCAAGUUGUAUAUAUGCGCAUCACUAUUAGUUAAUAUCUUAUUGAACUGUAUUUUUAAGAUUCAUGCGGGCAUAUCGGUUUGUUAGAUGUUAAUUGUUUGAAUCAAAAGCUAUUUUGUAUGUUGCGAUUUUCCAUUUGUUUGCUGUAAAAUAUAAAGCUGGGGUAUUUAAA